CCACACGAAUGGUGGUGGGCUUUGGUUGGUGCCUUUUCUGUGAACUCGACCGAGCUCACCCCCACCCCUUCCCUCCCUCCCUCGUCCCAUUCCAUGGCGGCGCCGUCGCCCAAACCCCCGACACCACGCCGGCACCCGCCCGGCCCCAGCAGCUCCACCUUCACCCGCCGCCUCCACGUCACCCGCUGCUUCCCCGACCCACCACCACCCGCCUCCCUGCCCCCGAACCCCGUGCUGUCCCUUCUCUCCGCGGUGCCCGACUGGGCCGACGCCAUCCAGGAGCGCCGCGUCCGCGACCGCCGCCCGCUCUACGACCACGCCGCCUGGCGGGAGCACCGCACCUCCCGCCGCCACCUGCGCCACCUCCUCACCUCGCUCUCCUCCCGCGCCAUCCUCUCCCUCGCGCCCCCCGUCUCCGCCUUCACCGCCUUCGCCGCCGCCAUCGCCACCUACAAUACGCUCCUCCCGGACUACGCGCUAACCGCCUCCUCGCUCCCCUACCAGCUCACCGCGCCCGCGCUCGCGCUCCUCCUCGUCUUCCGCACCGAGGCCUCCUACGCGCGCUUCGACGAGGGACGCAAGGCGUGGAUGCGCGUGCUCGCCGGUGCCGCUGACCUCGCCGGGAUGCUCAUGCAUCAUCCUAAUAAUCUUCAUACCCGUACCGGGGGACGACAGGCUCAGGCUGACGACGACCCGCUCCGGCGCGCGCUCAUCAACUACAUCCUCGCCUUCCCCGUCGCGCUCAAGUGCCACAUAAUCUUCGACUCCGAUGUAAAAGGGGACCUCCAGGGCUUGCUUGCCGAAGAUGACCUGAACGUUGUUCUAGCAUCGAAACAUCGACCACGGUGUAUUAUCGAGUUCAUUUCACAGAGUCUCCAAAUGCUAGAUCUCGACGAACAGAAGCGGAGCAUCAUGGAGUCUAAACUGUCUUGUUUUCUUGAAGGAAUCGGUGUUUGCGAGCAGCUCAUGGGGAUUCCUAUUCCUCUGUCAUACACUAGACUUACUUCGAGAUUCCUUGUUCUGUGGCAUCUUACACUCCCAGUGAUACUCUGGGAGGAAUGUAAAUGGAUUGUUGUUCCAGCUACCUUUAUCAGUGCUGCAUCACUAUUCUGCAUUGAGGAAGUUGGUGUUCUAAUUGAAGAGCCGUUCCCCAUGCUGGCUCUUGAUGCCCUGUGCAAGCAGCUCCAUGACGGUAUUAAGGAUGUGAUGGCGGUGCAGAGCUCGGUUCACUUGCGACUAGUUGCCAAGACUACUAAGGACCACAGGGGCAGUAGGUGCGAGAACAAUGGGUGGCCUAACUCCAAAAGAGAAGAAGCCAAGAUUGAUUGAGCACGCAAGGUCGUGCCGCCGUGAACUCUUCGAAUAAUAAGAAGAUAGCAUUGCAAGCAAUCCGGGCAACCCGAUAUCCAUGGACUGGAGAACUUGGACCCCACGGUCGGUUGUGCCCAGUUCCUCCUGCUGUGGUUUGUCUAUGUCAGUAUAUAAAAUGCACUCGCUAGUGCUUGGAUAGCUUGGGAGCUAGGUGAGAACUGAAGCCGGGAGCGAGCUUGCGAUUGGUAUAGAGAGACGAGUUGGGGUGAAUUGGAAUGACCUGAAGAAGCACGUUGAUGUACGAUGUAGAUGUGGUGAGUAGAGCAGAUUAUUCUGUAUAUAAAUGAAGAAGAAAGAGACACAAAACUAGCUCCUGCUGUUGUAGCUGUGUAUAUAGAUAGAUAGUAGAUGGAAACAUAAUGGUGUGCUAAUGUGCUAUGUAUGUCUCGUUAUGCUUUCUUAUAUUUAAUUAACAUGCGCGAGGUGUCUUGUAUUCUGACGACCAUACUACAUGAGAAAAUAAAUAAAUUGGAUAUCUCUACACA